AUGUUCCGCACCAACAUCGCAUCCAUGGACGCCACCAUGCGCUCCGUCCUCCAGCAGCGUCUGCAAACCUCGUUCGACGGCGUCGUACGCACCGCCGAGUGCUCUCGAACCGUCGCAAACACCAACGCCCUCCUGCGCUCCCGAGCAGGCAUUCUUGCCAUGAUUUGCUGGCUCGCCGCCUACUCGUGCUGUUCGCCAGCGUCGAGCCCCUGCACACCCGCUCUGUCGCACAGAAAGACAACCUCUUCCAUCUCGGCUGCGCCCGACAACGCCCGAAGCCUGCUCGGUGCAGCAGCUGCGGGUCUGCCGACGUCGCAAUCCACCGCCGUGCCACGUAAAGCGGCCAUGCUGCGCCGCGUUCAUACCUCGGCUCGUCCGCGCACGACCACCCGCCUCCCUAGCGGCACUUCCUCCACCACCAACGUCUUCUCCGGCACGCUCCAGUCGGAGAAUCCCGGCACACAAGGGCGAGCUGCACUCAGCUCACUCGCUCAUCCACAGCCCAGACCCAACACAUGGCUCGACCGCCUCACCAGCUCGCUCGCUUCACUGUUGCGAGCUUCCACACAGCAGACGCAACGCAACGCCGACACUUCAGAAGCUGCACCUCAAUCGCGCAACCGCUCGCGCGGCGUCGGACGCAUCCACAGCGUCAUGCACGACCCACACACCUACGACCCCAUCAUCUUGCCUCGCCACCCCAUCGUCCUCUGCCACGGCCUCUACGGCUUCGACGUCCGAGGGCCUUUCUUGGGCCUCGAAAUCCACUACUGGGCCAAGACGCUCGACAUCCUCCGCAAGAAGAUGGGCGUCGAGGUGCUCGUCCAUGGCGUCCCGCCCACCGGUUCCAUCCAGGAGCGCGCCGAAUCGCUCCACAACUUCCUCCUGAGCGACGAGGCCGGCGUACGCGGCAAGAAGCUCAACUUUGUCGCCCACAGCAUGGGUGGUCUCGACGUGCGUCAUCUCCUCACACACAUCCGACCGCGUGCCGACGAGUACACUCCCGUCAGUCUCACCACCAUCAGCACCCCGCACCGCGGCAGCCCGUUCAUGGACUGGUGCAACGCCAACAUUGGCAUCGGCAACGACUACAUCGAGAAGGCCAUCGCCGAGGCAAGAGCCGAGCGCGCCCAUCUGGCCGAUCGCGAGCAUCGUCCCAGCCGCACCACCACCAAGGUGCCCUACUCGCUCAAGUCGCCCCUCUUCACCCGGCCCAAGCCCUUGCAAGGCUCCAGCAGCCUGCCCAAGAAGCCAGCAAGCAAGCAGCGAGGCUCAGAAGACUCGCCCGUCGACUCGAUCCUGUCCACUGCCAACGCUGCGUCCUCUGCGGUUGGCGCGGCCAUCUCUUCAGGCUCGUCCACCGACGACGUCGCCGACAAGGUCAAGGAAGCUGUCAAACAGAGCACAAAGGGCGACGGCUCGCUGCCAUUCGGACUGUCCUCGUUCAUCGGCUCGCUCUCGACGCUCACGGGCUCUUUCAGCUCGUACAUGCUUUCGCUUCUCGACACGCCUGCUUACGCCAUGCUCUCGACCAAGUAUAUGAACGAGGUGUUCAACCCAAAGACGCCCAACGUCGACGGCGUCAAGUACUACAGCAUUGCGUCGCGCACGCCCAGCCUCGCCAUCUGGCAUCCGCUGUGGCUGCCCAAGCUCAUCCUCGAUGCGGCUGCCGAGUCGCGCACCGCGGGAGGCGAGAGCGACGGCAGUGCCGACGCGCUUGGUGGCCAGGACCAGGGCAACGACGGUCUCGUGAGCGUCGAGAGCGCCAAGUGGGGUGAAUUUCUCGGCGUCAUGGAGGGGUGCGACCACUGGGACCUGCGCGGCGGCGGCGCCCCCCGCUGGCGUCAGAACAUCAACCCGUCCACGGGUAGGCCGUACCCGACCAAAGCCAGCGAGGACACCACUCCAAAGCAACGCGCCGAGGCAGACAAGUCGAGCUCGAACUGGAUCGACAUCAACCGCCUCCUCUUUUCCAAGUCCAAGAGCUCGUCGGCCAAGUCCGAGGACAGCGCCAAAGAGGCUCGCCUGAGCCCAGCUUCGGAUGCGGCAAUUUCGUCGGCAUCAGCAGCCACUACGGCUGUUGAACAGCCGAUCACUGCCUUCCGCUCGUUCAAGCAGCUCGCCGAGGCCGAGGGCUGGAAUGGCGUGUCGCUGCGCGACCCCGAGGCGAGCGACGAGGGCGCUGAAGCUGCGGAAGCGCAGCAGCUUGAUGAUGGUGAGCACGACGGCGAGCAUCCGGCGCUGUCGUCGUUCCACCCGCAGCACCAGGACGAUUCGCUGGUGCAGGAGAUCGCGAGCUGGAUCUCGGACCGGCUGCCGUCGGGCAAUGCCGAGCGGCGCGCCAUGGCCGAGCAGCGCGAUCGCUUGAUCGAAGAGACCGGCCUCACGCUGUACAAUCCGCAAGUGCCCGAGCUGGGCUCGGCGCAGGCGCAGGCCAAGCCGGAUCGUCCUACGGGCGUCGUCGAGCUCGCCGCGACAGCACCGUCUGCUAGCCGUCCAGCAGCGGCGGAAGUUGCGUCCAUCGCAGCGCAAGCACCGUCGCUCGCACCGCAUGCCGCACCCUUCUCGACUCAGCAGGUAGCGGCGCGCACCGAGCAGGCGAAGCAAGACGCUGAACCCACGCAGCCAAAACGCACGCGCGCCGAAAUGUCCGACCUCGAGCGCUUCUGGACCGCGCUCUGCAGGCAUCUGCACAACGAGGGCCACUAG